AUGGGAUUUAAAUCAGGCCUGGGGACAGGCCACUGUAUGGUUCUGAUGCCAUUCUGCUGGAGGAAGUCUCUUGUUGCUCUUGCAGUGUGGACCCCAUGGUCUGCCGAGCAGUUUCCGCAGCAUCAAGCUCCUCAGGGGGAAGCUGUAGAGGUUCCUGUGGAGGAAGCUGUAGAAGCUACUCUGGAGGAAGCUGUAGAAGCUACUCUGGAGGAAGCUGUAGAAGCUCCUGUGGAGGAGGCUGUAAAUGUUCCUAUGGAGGAAGCUGUAGAAGCUCCUGUGAAGGAAGCUGUAGAAGCUCCUGUGGAGGAGGCUGUAAAUGUUCCUAUGGAGGAAGCUGUAGAAGCUCCUGUGAAAGAAGCUGUAGAAGUUCCUGUGGAGGAAGCUGUAGAAGCUCCAGAGGGGGAAGCUGUAAAAGCUUCUGUGAAGGAAGCUGUAGAAGCUCCUGUGAAGGAAGCUGUAGCAGAUCCUGUGAAGGAAGCUGUAGAAGCUACUGUGGAGGAAGCUGUAGAAACCCCUGUGAAGGAAGCUGUAGAAGCUCCUUUGGAGGAAGCUGUAGAAGCUCCUGUGGAGGAAGCUGUAGAAGCUCCUGUUUGGGAAGCUGUAGAAGCUACUGUGGAGGAAGCUCUAGAAGUUCCUGUGCAGAAAGCUGUAGAAGCUCCUGUGGGGGAAACUGUAGAAGCUACUGUGGAGGAAGCUGUAGAAGCUGCUCUUGAGGAAGCUGUAGAAGCUGCUCUUGAGGAAGCUGUAGAAGCUCCUGUGGGGGAAGCUGUAGAAGCUGCUCUGGAGGAAACUGUAGAAGCUACUGUGGAGGAAGCUGUAGAAGUUGCUCUGGAGGAAGCUGUAGAAGCUCCUGUGGGGGAAACUGUAGAAGCUCCUGUGGGGGAAGCUGUAGAAACUCCUGUUGGGGAAACUGUAGAAGCUCCUGUGGAGGAAGCUGUAGAAGCUGCUCUGGAGGAAGCUGUAGAAGCUCCUGUGGAGGAAGCUGUAGAAGCUCCUGUGGAGUAA